AGUAGUGCCCACACGACAAGAGGGAAAAAUGGAUGCGGCCUGGGUUGUGCUUGGGAUCGCCGCGUCUUGUGCCGGCAUCGCAGAGGGUAUCAACCAUGUGCUGAUUUACCGCACGUCCAAGUUCAAGUCCCUCAAGACAUCACUGGACGCAGCAGCAGAGAAAGUGGAGAAGCACAAGCAGGAGCCCGACUUCCACGAUGGUGCAUUCGUGGACAAGAAGAAGCAGAAGAAAUUCGAGCAAGACGAGAGCCAGAUGAAAUCCCUCAACCAGGAACUCACCAUGCUCAAGUUCAAGUCCAACCUCGUCAUUGGCCUCAGCUUCAUCGUCCUCAUGGGUGUCUUCAACUCAAUCUUUGAAGGUGUGGUUGUUGCGCGGUUGCCGUUUGAGCCGUUCUCCCUCCUCCGCAACGUAACGCACCGCAAUCUGCCUGGCGAAGACUACACGGAGUGCGCGUUUAUCUUCCUCUACAUCACGUGCACCAUGGCUAUUCGACAGAACUUGCAAAAGGCGCUUGGGGUGACACCGUCGCGUGCGGCAGCGAAGAUCACACCCUUUGGCACCACAACAUGAUGUAGAUGGCACACCCUUCCUCUGUCGCCCUGUUCCUGCUAUCGCCCUGUUCCUGCUAUCGCCCU